AUGGCAAGACCAAAAAGAAAGGAAAGGAAACAAAGCGAUGAUGACGAAGACUACAGAGAGGUGGAAUCAGAAUAUGAAGAAGAUGAUCAAACGAUACAGAGAAAGAAGAAUUCGAAGAAGAAUUUGAAAUCAAAAAGAAAAAGACAGGAUAAAGUAGAAGAAUCAGAAACAGAAGAAGAAGAAGAAGAAGAAACAUCAGCAAAGAAGAUUGCCAAGAAGCAUUCAAAAGAAAAAGGCAAAAAACAGAAAGUAAAACAUAGGGAAGAUUUAGAGUCAGAAGAAGAAACAACACCAAAGAAGGAUAACAAGAAGAAUCUGAGUCCAAGAACAUUAGAUUUGCUCAGGCAGACACCAUUUGGAAAUAUUGUUGAUGUUGUCCAUGGUGGCCACAUAGAGGAGAAGUCAGCCAAGAAAUCUGAUGAUUUCAUUACCCUCCUACUGCAGGCCUACAACCAUGAAAAUGACCUCUUCUUCUUUAGAAAGAAGAAAUUCAGGAUCUCGAUAAGAGAUAUUUCAAAGAUCCUUGGACUGCCAGCAAAAGUCGAGUUGGUCCCAAAGACUUCUGAGGCAAGAAUUAACAAGAAAGCUGUAGAGAAAGCUCUGCAAGUUGCCAUCAACGACAAGCCAACAACCGAGGAAGGGAUUGAGAAGAAGGACAAAAAUGUGGCAAGAUUAAUCUUGCUGGACUUGUCAAUAAAGUUUUUGUUCCCAAACGCAGGGGGAACAAUUUCAUGGGACUAUGUCAGAGCAUGUGAAAAUUUGGAUCAGAUUGGAUCUUAUGACUGGGCAAAGGAAGUUGGAAGCUUCCUAAAAAAGUCUAUAAAGGCUUUGGAAAAGAAGAAUUCAAAGAGCUCAUAUGGAAAUAUGGGGGGCUGCGUUCUAAUAAUACUGGUAGGUUACUGUCAUACUGAAAUGUCAUUGGUCAAAAAAUAUUUGAAAAAAAUGAAGGAGGAUAGAGAGGAAUCAGAAUCCGAGGAAGAGGAGAAUAGUUCAGAUGAAGCAAAGAUAGCUUUAGAAGGAGAGGAAAAAGGAGAUGAUGAUCAGGAAGUUGAAGUGGCUGAACAGGAAACAGCUUCAGAAAAAGGAAGAGAAGAUAAGAUGCCUAACUGUGGAGAAAGAUAA